AUGACUUUGACAGCUCCGCCAGUGCUAAAAACAACAAUCAUUCAACUCAACAAAGAAUUGGACCCUGAAGAAAGUAAUGGCGGCUACGAAGUGUUGACAAACGAAUACAGCAGCAACAACAGCAACAACAACAACAGCGAGAGCAAAAGCUAUUCCGACAACAAUGACUCAGAACCAACGUCUCCAAACUUGGAGUCGAUGCCGAGCAAAAAGAAGAGAAGAAGGUCAACUGCCAAUAUCGACUCGGAAGAAUUGGCCAAACGCAAGAAUGAAACAAAGCAAUUGCAUUCAAUUAUCGAAAAGAGACGCAGAAUCAAGAUUAAUCGAGAAUUUGAAGCUUUGAAAUAUUUGAUCCCCGCUUGCCGAAACUGCUACAGCACCACUGGUACCACCCCUAGUGCAGCUGGCACCCCAGGUGGUAAUAAUUCUUCAACUACAACAACAAACAAGAAGGCCCCAGCCAAUUCCUCCCUCAACAACGGCAACAAGAUUGACGGAAUGUACAAAUUAACCAUCCUCAAAAGCUCAGUUGAGUACAUUCUAUAUCUACACCACAUUAUAGAAAAACAACACCAACUACUACGCCAGCACGGAAUUGAAGGUGAAGAUUUUUCUCAACAAACUGUUGACAUGAUCAAGCAUUUUGAUAUUGAUUUUGCCAAGAUUCCACUAGAUGUCAACCAGUAUAGAAACAUCGACAUUGACUUUAACUUUAAAGAUUUGGCUGAUUUGCAGCAGUUGCCUCUGAACAAUGCUGCGUCUGAUGUGAAUACCCCUAUAAAGUACAAAAAGAGGAAAACUCACAGUAUAGUUGAAGAAAACGAAGACGAAGAGGAAGACGAAGGUGAAGGUGAAGCGGAUAACGAACGAGAAUUGAGUGAAGAUGAUGACAAUAAUACUUUUAGCAGUAGAUCUUCAAGCAUUGCACCAUCAUCAUCAUCAUUAACAACAACAACAGCAGCAGUAAACUCGACAACCACCAUGGCCACCAACACCGCCAACACCACCACUAGUGGUAACAGCCAAAGAGCAAAUGCCAAGCCCCUACUACCAACUCCCGAUUUCACCCCCGAUAUGGCGCCAAUUCUAACCAUGUUGAAUAAAUACACAGGCACGAAUGAUGUUUUCAGAAGCGGCAGGAAAAUUUCAAAUCCAACUUCACCACAAACCAUGGUUCUAAAAUCAGCAAAUCCUUCCCCAUUCACAAUACCGUUGAAAAGCUCGCUUUCAAAUCAGAGUCCAAAUUCUUUCACUCCUUCUUCUUCCUCGUCGUCUCUAGUCAUGGGAUCAAAAGGCUUUAUCAACUCAAAUUCAAGCUCAAGCUCAAGUUCAAAUUCAGGUAAGUUCACUUUACCCGAUCCUGCUCUCAACCCAUCCCUGAAUCUCAAUGAUGUCCCGAGAAACAAGAUCUUCAAAUCUAAACUAACGUCGGAUCGCAAUAGCUUGCCUUCCAUGAUGGAGGAAGAAUUGGAAGUUGGCGGUAGCAGUGGAAGCGAUAAAAUCUCGGACUCCUAUGCUUCUAAAACGUUGCUUGCCUUGAGAAAAUCCAGUAUUGAUAGUCUUCUUAAUUAG